AUAAGCAGACUGCUGGAAAUCCCAGUUGGCAACAACCAUGCUCCGGAUGGCUGGAAAAGGCUUAUAUGCUAUCAGACAGGCAGCUGUCAGAAAAAGAGAGAGACCUGUGUUGAUGCUCGGGUACGUACAGUUUGUGCAAAUCGGCAUGCUCCAGCUCGCAUCCUUCACUGUUUGAGUGCCGCAGGCUCUCGUGAAGGUGAGCAUGGGGCCAUCUGCUUCGUCUUCAGUGGGGCCAUGAGAACUAGCCAAAGCAAAAGAUCUGAGAAAUUUGCUAACAAACAACAGUCGGGGGAAGCGGAGCAGUGUUUUACUUUUUAAACCUCUCAGAAUAGUACGAAACCCCACAUACUCAGCCAGGAAGCUAUUUAACCUCAUGACACUGGUCUCAGUUCUCUCUCACCUCUGUCAUUGCCCAGGUGUAGCUACUGCACCAUCCUUAACAUGGACCAGUCUCAGGCACAGGCAGGUCCCAAACCAUUUACACCAUUAAAGAGAUCUGAAAUUCUUUGGGAAAAGGAUCAGCUCUGUCGUGUUUGUAUCAGUCGAGCACUAACCACGGUUUCAGUCUUGAGUGACUGCUGCCUUUGGGACCCGUCACAGCGAGAACAGGCCUGGAUUAGCUGGCUGUUCCUUUAAGGGUGCUGAAGGUGGAUGCUGAAGGCAAGGCAGCCGGAAAUAUUUUCAAAGGAGGUGUCAUGAGAGCCAGCUGAAAUACCAGAAGAACAGGAAAAGCACGAUAAAACUAGAGUCCAGUAGCUGGAAUACAAGGACAGCCAGAAGAAGGAGACAGAGAUAUUAAAAGGGGACCUUUACCAAGGAAGCAAAAAAGAAAGAGCCCCAGCAGACAAGCUUUGCUGCGCAGGUCAUGGGCUGCUGGACACAAGAAAAAAGCGGCACCUGGAUUUUUCCCACUGUGAUCCUCUGCAUCUAUGGAUUCUUCUAUAUGAUGAAGCCAUCAGAACCUUUUCUAAUCCCUUAUCUAACAGCACCAGACAAAAACCUGACCAUAGAUGAGGUGACAAACCAGAUUUUCCCAGUUUGGACGUACUCCUACCUGGCGCUCCUUUUCCCCGUCUUCUUGAUUACGGACUACGCACGCUACAAGCCCAUCAUCAUCCUGCAGGGCGUCAGCUUCAUCAUCACAUGGCUCUUGCUCCUCUUUGCACACGGAGUGGUGGCCAUGCAGGUGGUGGAGUUCUUCUACGGCAUGGUGACAGCCACCGAGGUCGCCUAUUACGCCUACAUCUACAGCGUCGUCAGCACCGAGCACUACCAGAAAGCGACCAGGUACUGCCGCAGCAUCACCCUUGCGGCGGCCACCGUUGCUGCAGUGCUGGGACAGCUUCUGGUUUCCUUGGCCCACGUCUCCUACUUCCACCUCAACGCCAUUACUUUGGCUUCCCUAUCCUUAGCGUUCGCGUGCUCGUUUUUCCUCCCAACGCCCCAGAAGAGUAUGUUCUUCCAUAAAGACGCUUCCCCAGAACAUCUCCACGGAACAGUUAAAAGUCCAGAGUCAAGUACCUCCGGCCCCAACGAGCCCUCCGGCUGCCAGGGGGACGGAGCCCCUGCGCCACCCGACACAAGACCAACACCCGAGCAGCCGGCUGACCAAGCCCAGCCCCAGAAUCAGGCACUCAGGGUGCUGGUGCAGCUGUGCUGGGACUUACGGGAUUGCUAUGGCUCUAGAAAACUUCUUUACUGGUCCCUGUGGUGGGCUCUGGCCACAGCAGGCUUUAACCAGGUUGUGAACUAUAUCCAAGUGCUGUGGGACUUCAGAGCCCCCUCUCAUAGCUCUGCGGUCUAUAAUGGAGCUGUCGAAGCAAUAGCAACUCUUUUGAGCUCAGUAGCAUCUUUAACAGUAGGAUAUGUGAAAGUGAACUGGGAUCUUUUUGGAGAACUGGCUUUGGGAGUCUUCUCUGCGAUGGAUGCUGGUUGUCUAUUUCUCAUGCACUUUACUGCCAACAUCUGGGCAGGUUAUGCCAGCUACCUUGUUUUCAAGGCAUGCUAUAUGCUCCUUAUAACAAUAGCAACAUUCCAGAUCGCUGUCAAUCUGAGCAUGGAGCGCUACGCGUUGAUGUUUGGCUUCAACAACUUCCUUGCACUGGUGAUUCAGACCAUUCUUACAGUAGUUGUAGUGGAUUUAAAAGGCCUGGGACUGGACAUAGUAAUUCAGUUUUUAAUUUAUGGCAGCUACUUUGCAGUCAUAGCUGGGAUUUUCUUGCUCAGAAGCAUUUGCAUGCUUGUUGCAAUCAAAUGCAAAAGGAAAAUACUGAGAUUUUGUGAAGAGCCUCUCAGCCUUGCUGAACACAAAUCAAAACAGCAUAUCAUAGCUGUCUAUACAACACGGCUGUGACAGGCAGGCAGGCUCACCCGGCCAAGCCCUCGCAGGAGAAGAGCUCCUACUGCAGCAUGUGGGUAAAAGCAGCGCAAGAGGAACAUACAACAUAGCCCUGAAGAGUUUUACUGAGUCAUUACAGCACUGCUUUGCAACAUACGUAAGCUAAGAAAGAGGUCAUCAUACUGGCACUGUGCCUAUAGGAAAUAAGUUGCUUUAGAUUCUUAUUUGCUUGCCUAUAAAUAACCUAACAGCAACAACUUAUCUACAAAAACAAAGCAUCGUUGGCAUCCCACUGUGCCAUGACUGCAAAAAACAAGAGUUCACCUUGCCUUGCUUGCUCCAGCUCUUUUAUACAGUGCUGGCAAGUCGCUUCCAUGCGGAUUUGCUCAUGCAGGCAAGUGAAGGGUCUGUUCCCCCCCUUUGCACGUACCUUGCUCUAAACCAAGGAUGACAGCGUCGUUUGCACCAUGAUAUUCUUUCCUAACUACAGGUGAUACGGUGACCGACUCAUCUAAUUUAAAAGCCCACGUCACGCACAGCGGUUUAGAAAGACAGGGCUUGCAGAGUAAAGCUGAAAAGGUUCAACUGAAACACAGCUAAGCCACAGUCAUUGGCUGGCGUUUGAAAGCUGCAACCUGAACACUGUGCUGAAUCCAUAGCGAUUUCAACCCAGAAGAGCAAGAAUUUCAGAAUCAGAAA